CUUCCUGAUUGAUUGAGGAGGAUUGAUCGAUCAUCGAUUGUUCGCAUCUUCGAUUCAUUCCUUCCAUGGCGCUUCAUUGCAAAGUUUCGAACACAGUAGCGAGCACUUCUCUGCUUGGUGGUUCGAAGAGGCUGCUUCACUUGCCUAAGUCUUAUCCCAUUCACUGCAACAUGGUUUCACCAAGUAGUACAUUGGGGUUAGGUCCUCUCAAGCUGCACAACAAAGGUUCUCGUCUAAGGCCAUGCCGAGUUAAACGGGAAGAGAAUAGCCAAACCACAAAUGUUGAAAGCAUAUCAGUGGAUGAGGACACGUUGAAGCAAGAUCUCGAGACUGCGAUCCAGGAAGAAAACUAUGUGGAGGCAGCUAGAAUCCGGGAUAGACUAAAAGAGCUUCAAGAAGACAACAAAGCCUCUGUUUUGUCUGCCAACACUCGGUUCUACCAAGCUUUCAGAAACGGGGAUUUGGCUGCGAUGGAAUCUUUAUGGUCCAAAACCGGAAAGCCCUGCUGUGUCCAUCCAGGAGCUAAAGGCAUAACCGGGUACGAUGAUGUGAUGGAAAGCUGGGAAGUUGUGUGGAUGAACUAUGAGUUUCCGUUACUGAUUGAGUUGAAAGAUGUUGAGGUUCAUGUCCGAGGAGAAGUAGGUUAUGUAACGUGUAUGGAGUUUGUGAAGACUAAAGGGAGUAGUAGCUGGGGAGCUCAGUUUGUGUCUAAUGUGUUUGAAAAGAUCGAUGGGGAAUGGUUUAUAUGCAUUCACCAUGCUUCUCCUGUUGAUAUUUGAUCCAAGAAGCAGAGAAAUGGCUGUGAGAUAUAUAUUGGCUAGUGGCGGUCGCUUAAGGGAGAUGAAGGGCUGUUCUGUUUUUUAUCUUUGUGCUUGUUGAUUGGAACCAGAGCAUUAGAGGGAAACAAGAAGAGGCAUAAGUUCUGACGUUUGAUGUUGUUGUUGUCUUUCUAAUCUGUAUGAAUUCUAUUCACGUUUAGGCGCAACAGUUUUUUA